UGGAAAAAACAAAUUAACCUCUAUAUAUAUGCGAGUUUCUUUCCUUCAAUUCAUUCAUAUACACUGAAAGAAACCCUUAGAAAAAGAAACAAAAAAAAAAAAAGAAAAGAAAAAAGAGAGACAGAUUAAUUACUGUAACGUAACAGUAAGUAAGUUAAAAAAGAUGGGUUACUGCGAUGGUAAAUGGACGCCGGUAAUAAUGAUGGUAACGAUAAAUUCGGCGUUGGGAUUAUGUAAUGCAUUGGUGAAGAAAGUACUCGACGGUGGUGUUAACCAUAUGGUUAUCGCUACAUAUCGUCUCGCUAUCUCCACUGUAUUUUUGGUACCCAUCGCAUUUUUCUGGGAACGGAGAACAAGACCGAAACUUACGCUCAACAUCUUGGUUCAGCUUUUCUUCAGUGCUCUUGUUGGGGCAAGUUUUUCUCAGUAUUUCUUCCUGCUGGGACUAUCAUACACAUCUGCUACGUUAGCAUGUGCUUUUAUUAGCAUGACUCCUGCGAUUACAUUCUUUAUGGCCCUAAUAUUCAGGGUAGAGAAGCUAAACAUGAAAAGUAAAGCAGUUAUGGGGAUGGGGAUGGGCACUUUGAUAUGUAUAGGAGGAGCUUUAUUACUCACAAUGUACAAAGGUGUUCCCUUGACAAAAUAUCACAAACUAGAAACCCAUCAACUGAUGAAGCAUAAACCCGAGAAUUGGGUUAUCGGAUGCGUACUUCUCUUUGCCGGUAGUAGCUGUUUCGGGUCGUGGAUGCUGAUACAAUCCAAAGUGAACGAGAAGUAUCCAUGCCAAUACUCAAGUACUGUCGUAUUAUCUUUCUUUGGAACCAUCCAAUGCGCUCUUCUAAGCCUUAUAAAAUCUCGAGAUAUCUCGGCUUGGAUCCUCACGGAUAAACUCGACAUAAUGACCGUUGUUUACGCAGGAGCGGUAGCACAAGGAAUAUGUACGGUGGGAACGUCUUGGUGCAUCAGAAAGAGAGGGCCUAUCUUUACUUCUGUAUUUACUCCAGUGGGGCUUAUAUUCGCAACACUAUUUGAUUUCUCGAUCCUUCAUCGUCAAAUUUGCCUUGGAAGUGUUAUCGGAUCUGGGGUAGUGAUCUUUGGACUAUACAUAUUCUUGUUGGGAAAAGUCAAGCAAAUGAAGGAAGAAGAGUGUGUAAAGAGGCUACCUUCUCACCUUAAUGAAGAAGACGGAGGAGAAAAUAAUGAACAAUACAAAAAGGGUCAUCUUAUGGUUGUUCCAAUGACUCCUUGAUUUGAUUAUUACUUAAAAAAACAAAUCUUCACUUCAUACAUUAUUUUGUAAUACCAUUGACCGGUGAGUUGCUUAUUGUGUAAGUGAAUUUAUAUAUAGUCUAGGCACUUCGUUCUAAUUCUACUUUUUUUUCCCCGGAA